AUGAUGCGGAUACCCAAAGGGGUUUCUCCGGCUUCAGGCAGAGGAGCUGUUGCACUCCCAGGCGUUCAGAAGAAAGUUCUGGCUGGAGUGAAUGCAGAAUUUUACAAUACCGGACUCUCCAGCCCACCUAUCAACUCGGUACCGGCUGGAUAUUUCACCCAGAUCUGCAACACGACCACCGUGGACCAGCGAGCGAAUUGCCUGUAUGCAACCCCCCAUGGACCUGAAGUGAAGCCCAUCAGGUCGGCCUCCGGGAGACUACCGGCCAAGAGGAAGCUGGAUCUGGAGGACCCCCUCUACCUCCCUGACUUCCGCACCCCCAAAGGAAAGGGCUGUGCGGCAGCCGGCAGAGUCCCCAGCCCCAAAACCCCCAAGUCACCCGGAGAACGCACCCGCUACGACACCUCCCUAGGCCUCCUCACCAAGAAGUUUGUGGGCCUGCUUAGUGAGUCGGCAGAUGGGGUUCUGGACCUUAACUGGGCCACUGAGGUUCUGGAGGUCCAGAAGAGGCGCAUCUAUGACAUCACCAAUGUGCUUGAGGGCGUCCAGCUCAUCCGGAAGAAGUCCAAAAACAACAUUCAGUGGAUGGUGGGCGGCGUGUUUGAGGGUUCUGCCGGAGGUUCUGAAAAGGCGCGUGCCUUGAGGAAGGAGCUGAGUGAUCUGGAGCGUGCAGAGAAGGCCCUGGACGACCUCAUCCAGUCCAGUACCACCCAGCUGCGGGAGCUGACAGAGAACAAGGACAACCAACGGCUGGGGUACGUCACGUACCAGGACAUCCACUCCAUCGCCAGCCUGCAGGACCAGACUGUCAUCGCUGUGAAGGCUCCCUCUGAAACCAAGCUGGAGGUGCCGGAAUCCUCAGGGGACACACUGCAGAUCUACCUGAAGAGUAAGAAUGGGCCCAUAGAGGUGUACCUGUGCCCAGACGAGGUGCUGGAGGAUGGGAGUCCCGUGAAAAGCAGCACCCCCAGGAAGGAGUGCCCCCCGCUGGCCACAGAGACCCCAGAAUCCUCUCUGAAACAGGAACCUGUGGAGGCAGAGAUACCGAAGACGGCAGCGGUUUCCAGCAGUUCCCUGCUGGAUGUGGAGGGGAUGCUUGGCCUCCCUCCCAGCCUGCUCCAGAUCACGGAGGACCAGCUCCCCGGCAGCUCCUUCGCCUCUGACACCGCUGCCCCAUUCGUCAGCUUCUCCCCCCCGCUCGACCACGACGAUUACCUGUGGAGCCUGGAGGACGGGGAGGGCGUCUCGGAUUUCUUCGACACCUACGACCUGGGCGACCUGCUCAAGAGCUGA